UUCCUUCCAGCCACAAGGCCGUUCGGUCUCUCCUGCGCUUCCAUUGCCUCUCUCUUCAGGCUCCGUCCCCUUUCCCGCCAGUCGACGCGAAAACAGGAAACUGGAUUACAGAUGCGGAUCGGCUGGGCUUGCAGAGCGCAGGCGCGAGCGGUCCGGGGGCGGGGGGCGGGGCGCUCUGUGAAGCGCGGCGGCGCGGUUGAAGGCAGAGUCAGUUGCUGAGGGGAGACCCGGCGGUUACUCCUGUCACCCCCCAUGGCAGCUCUCCGCUACGCGGGCCUGGACGACACGGACAGCGAGGAUGAGCUGCCUCCCGGCUGGGAGGAGAGAACCACCAAGGACGGCUGGGUGUACUACGCCAACCACACUGAGGAAAAGACCCAGUGGGAACAUCCGAAAACCGGCAAAAGGAAACGAGUUGCAGGAGAUUUGCCAUAUGGAUGGGAGCAAGAGACUGACGAGAACGGACAACUGUUUUUUGUUGACCACAUAAAUAAAAGAACUACCUACUUGGACCCAAGGUUGGCAUUUACUGUGGAUGAUAAUCCAACAAAGCCAACCACCAGACAGAGAUACGACGGCAGCACCACCGCCAUGGAGAUCCUGCAGGGCCGAGACUUCACGGGAAAGGUGGUCCUGGUUACCGGCGCAAAUUCAGGAAUAGGGUUCGAAACCGCCAAGUCCUUUGCUCUCCAUGGUGCACACGUGAUCCUGGCCUGCAGGCACAUGAGCAGAGCCAGCGAGGCAGUGUCCCGCAUUCUGGAAGAAUGGCACAAAGCCAAGGUAGAAGCAAUGACCCUGGACCUGGCUGUGCUCCGCAGCGUGCAGCAUUUUGCUGAAGCGUUCAAGGCCAAGAAUGUGUCUCUUCAUGUGCUUGUGUGCAAUGCGGGGACUUUCGCUCUACCCUGGACCCUCACGAAAGAUGGCCUGGAGACGACCUUCCAGGUCAACCACCUGGGACACUUCUACCUUGUCCAACUCCUGCAGGACGUUUUGUGUCGCUCAGCCCCUGCCCGUGUCAUCGUGGUGUCUUCGGAGUCCCACAGAUUUACAGAUAUUAACGAUUCCUCAGGGAAACUUGACCUCAGCAGCCUGUCUCCAUCACAGAGUGACUAUUGGGCCAUGCUGGCUUAUAACAGAUCCAAGCUCUGCAAUAUCCUCUUCUCCAAUGAGCUGCACCGUCGCCUCUCCCCACGAGGGGUCACUUCGAAUGCCGUGCACCCUGGAAACAUGAUGUUCUCGUCCAUCCAUCGAAACUCAUGGGUGUACACGCUGCUGUUCACCUUGGCCAGGCCAUUCACCAAGUCCAUGCAACAGGGAGCUGCUACCACUGUCUACUGUGCAGUCGCGCCCGAGCUGGAAGGCCUCGGAGGGAUGUAUUUCAACAACUGCUGCCGUUGCCUGCCAUCUGAAGAGGCUCAGAGCGAAGAGACAGCCCGGGCCCUGUGGGAACUCAGUGAGAGGCUCAUCCAGGACCGACUGGGCAGUCCAUUCAGCUAA